AUGUAUUUGUUGAUGAUGUCAUAUACAUUAGCCUAAUGGAAACUAAUUGAUUCGAGCUUAACGAAUUAAACUCUUACUCUAAAGGAAAAUGGUUGGACAUUUCAAAAUGUCGAAAUUGGAACUUGUAAUGCAAACUAAGAAUAGCAGAUUGUCCUUGAUAGUGAAAUUGAUUUAAUUCAGAAAUCAAUUCCAUUAUCUGUCUAAAAGGUUCAAAUAUUUUUUGAUAUAUACUAUGAUUUUAUGAAUUCUGAUUCAACUUAAUCAACUGUUACUGUUAGCUUAAUUUAAAAUAAUGGAGCAACUGAUAUAACAACUCAAAUACUAUAAAUAUAAAAAUAAGGAGACUAAUUGUAAAAGUAAAGAAGACUUUGUAAUAGUGAUAUAAUAGAUUCUCUAUUUGAAUUUGAGAAGAUCGUAACAUAAAAAAUAGCAGUAUCUCAAACAAACUUUUCGAUUUCAAUUUAAUUUAACCCAAGAACAUAAGGAAAUAAAAUUAGAAUUAGAAACUUUUAGGCAUAUGGCUUUUUUUGUGAUUCCUAUUGCAAAACUUGUGAUGAAUCAAAUCCAUCAAAAUGUACAAGCUGCUUUUCUUAAGAUUCAACUGGAUAAUGUACUUGUCCUCUUAUUAAUACUUAAAAUACUUAUGUUGGAAGUUUCUAUUAAGAGGGAUAUGGAUGUAUCUAAGAAUGUUCAAGAGAUCAUUACCUACUUGAUGUGAAUGAUAUUUGUUAAAAGGAUCCAAGGGUCUCAUCUAAAUUUAGUUUUAUGAAUCCUUAUCAAAGUUUAUCUAAUAUUCCUGAGCUACCGAGAGCAUCUUUAAGCGUUUAAACAUUUUCAUAAUAUUGUUAUGGAUAAACAAUUAAGAAAGAUAUUGCAGGACCAUUUGCAAGUUAGACAAUAUCAUUAGCAAUAGGUACAAUUGAUGUAAUUUCAUUCAUUCGUUUUAGAAUGACUUUAUAUCUUAUUGAUUUUAGUAGUGGUUCAAUUUUUAGGAUAAAGUUAGAUAACAUAUUGGUAUUUUAUAUAGAGCAAGUUCAAAGUACUUUGUGGUACUAUGGUAAUUUUUAAGAUAUAGUUUUUAAGAAUAUAAGAUAAUGUUCUACUUUAUCAUUUGAUUAAUAGUCUAGAUUUGAAUUAAUUCUAUAUCCUACUACAAAUAGUCCAGUAUUAUAAUUCAUAGGUUUAAUGUAAAACUCAUAUAGUUAAUGGGGAUUUAAUGAUAUCACAAUUGAUAUUGGAGUUUGUUAAUUAAAUUGUAAGGUUUGUUUGGAUGAAGUAACAUGUUAAUAAUGUAAUGAUGGAUAUUUUCUAUUAAAGAGUAAUUGUGUGAAUAAAUGUCCAAUAUUUUCAAAUGAUUGUAUAGAUUAUGUAGAUGAAAUACCAUGUAAUAGUAAGAAUAAAUAUAAUAGUUUCAUAAUAUUUAGUGAAAGCAUUUUAUGACAAUAACAUGACGAUUGAUGAGAUAUAAUCUCAUUUUGAUUAAGUAGAUAAUUAAGUGGGUAAUUUUUUAACUGGAUAGAAAUUCUCAAUGAUGUAGAAUAAAAUAGUGUUAGGAGGUCUUUUAGUAUGGAACAAGGGUAGAUAUUAGAAAUUAUAUACUUUUAGAGAUCCUCAUUAUGCAAUAUCAAUAAGAUUUAAUAUAACAUUUGGAGAUGAUUUUAAUGGUGAAUUUGUGUAUUACUUAGAUUAGAAUGAAUAAUAAAGAAUUUAAAGAAGGUAAUAAAGUAGUGAUUAAAAUGUGAUUGGGAAAGAGAGUAAGGAAAGUGUGAUGUUUGUUUAUAAAUACUAUUAACACACACUUGAUACAUUAUAUAUUGAAUUUGAAUGUAUUACAGAUUAAGAUUUGAGAGAUGGAUUCUGUGCAAUAUCAGAGUAUUUCAUAGUAGUUCAUAACUGUUUUAUAGGAUGCACUGGUUGUAGUAGUCUUGAGUAAUGUACAGAAUAGAUUUAGAUAUAAGUAUGUUCGACACCAUAAUAUUGGAAAUAUGAUUUAAUAGGAAACUAUAUAUGUUCUGAUUGCAUUUAAAAUUAUUGUAUUUAAUGUGCAAAUGAAAGUUAAUGUAAAAAGUGUAAAGAUAGAUUUAAAAAUGUACAUGGAUAGUGUAUUUGUGAUAAUAAAGAAUACAGAGUAAUAGAUGGAGGAGAAUGUGUUUGUAAAAGUGGAUAUUAUGAGGAUAAGUAUAGUUAGAUUUGUUAAGGAAUAUGUGGAGAUAAAUUAAAAGUAGAAGUAGAAGAAUGUGAUGAUGGUGAUUUGUUUCCUUUUGAUGGAUGUCAUCAAUGCAUAAAUUAAUGUUAAAUAGAAUGCUCUAUUUGUCUAAAGGGUAUUUGUGAGUAGUGUUAAUUUGGAUAUGUCUUAGUUUUAGAUUAAUGUUAUAUUGAAUGUUAAUUCGAUGAUUCAAUGAUAUAUCCAUGUUUUAAUUACUAAAAUAAUUAAGUAAUAUAAAAUUAGGUAAGUAUUAUAAUAGAAUAAUCAAUAUGUGGUGAUAAUUUAGUGGAUGAAUUUAGAGAAGAUUGUGAAGAUGGAAACUUAAAACCAUUUGAUGGUUGUUAUGUUUGUAACUACUCCUGUGAUGAAUAAUGUGAAUUUUGUGCUAAAGGAAUUUGUUAUAAAUGUAAUGAUUAUUGGUUAUUGUAUAAUGAUGAAUGUGUAAGUGUAUGUGGUAAUUAAUAUGUAUAAGCGAAUGAAUAAUGUGAUAAUGGAUUAAUAAACAUCUAAUUAGAUGGAUGUUAUAAUUGUUAAUGUGUUUAUGGAUAUAGUAUGAUUGAUAAUAAGUGUUCUGCUAUUUGUGGAGAUGGUUAUACAACAAUGGAUGAAGAAUGUGAUGAUGCAAAUUCAAUAUAAAAUGAUGGAUGUCAUCAAUGUAUAUUAGAAUGUUUGAAUUGUAAUAUAUGUGUUAUGGGUUAGUGUCAAUAAUGUUAAGCUGGCUAUUAUAAAGAUUAUAAUGAUAUAUGUUAAGAAACAGAAUGUGGAGAUAGAAUAAAAGUUGGUUAAGAACAAUGUGAUGAUGCUAAUAUUAAUCAAUUUGAUGGAUGUUAUUAAUGUGUUUGUGAAAUAGGUUGGAUUUCUGAUUCAUCUAAUUUAUGUUCCUCAAUCUGUGGAGAUGGUCUAUUAGUGAAAGGAGAAUAAUGUGAUGAUGCUAAUGAUAUUCAAUUUGAUGGAUGCUAUCAAUGUAAAUUGGAUUGUAAUGCAGAAUGUGCACAAUGCAUAUUAGGAGUCUGUUAAUCAUGUAAUUAUGGUUAUAAUUUAAUUAAUAAUAAUUGUAUAAAUACUUGUGGAGAUGGAAUCCUUAAUCCUCUUAAAGAAUAGUGUGAUGAUAAAAAUAAUAAUGCUAGAGAUGGUUGUUAUAAUUGUUAAUAAGAAUCAGGAUACAUUUGUUUCCAUAACGAUCUUGUCUUUACUCAUUGUUAAUUAUGUUAACAUUCUAAUUGUUAACAUUGUCAACUAAUAAAUCAUGUAUAAUAAUAAUGUACACUAUGUUAAACUGGAUAUUUCCUAGAUCAAUAUUAAUCUUGUUCUCUAUGUGAUAAAAUAUGUAUUGAUUGUCUAUCAUCAUCAAAGAAUUGUAUCAAUUACAAUUAUAAUGUCUAUCAAAUCAAAUAAUGUGACUCCAAAGCUGGAUUAUAUUAUGAUUUUUAACUUAGAGAUUGUAUCUCUCUUUGUGGAGAUGGCAUUAUUUCAGGAUCUGAAAAUUGUGAUGAUCAUAAUUAUCAAGAUUUUGAUGGGUGCAAUGCACAAUGCUAACUAGAACCUGGAUAUUUAAUUGAUCAAGAUACUAAAUUAAUUAUUACUGAACCAAAUGUUCAAGUUUAAUUUCAAUCUUCUAAUAAUAAUAAAUAUUCUAUUGUUGCUGAUACAUUAUAAUAAGCUAUCAAUUGUUCUGCUACUACUCUUCAUAUUGACCAUUUCAAUAUCACUAAUUAUAAUUAUACCAUUCUUGAAUCUGAUCUUAAAUGUGAUCUAAACAUUUCCUAUUUUCAAACUGUUGAACCUAUCAAUAUCAUCCAUGUUAUUAUUAAGUUUAAAACCUAAUAUAAAAAGAGAAGAUUACAAUAAGAACCAAUCUAAGAAAUUAUUAUUAUCCCUUAAAGAUAACCUUAUGUAACCCAAGAAUAAAAAUAAUAAGGAGAAAAAAUGGCUCAAACAUCCAAAACCAUUUCCUAAUCCUUACUCUUCUUUGGACCACUUGCUAUCUUAUUUGGAGGAUUUAAGUUUGUUUGGGCUAUUCUUGAUAUUUUAAGUUGGAUGAAUAAUUUCUACUUCUUAAAUGUUACAUACCCUGAAAAUGUCAGAUAGAUAUUCUUAUAAGCACAAUGGGAUAAUAUCUUUUAAAUGCCUUCUCUUAAUACAUUUAAUAAUUUAAAUGAUCCCUAUUAUUUCCAAUCCCCUCCAAAGUUUUAUGAAAAAGGAAUUGAUCCUCUAUAUUUUAAUAACAUUCAAACCAUUCUUAUCUUUUUACUCUACGUUAUUGCUACCAAAAUUAUUUGUAAAUCCAUAAGAAGGCUUUUAGAAUAAUUUUAUAAAAUCAAUUCAUUAACCGCUACAUUUUAGAUUAAGUAAUCUAGUUGUAAAAUUUUUUAAUUAAAUGAUUAAUCAGUUGUUAAAUAGGUUGAUUAAGAUUUAGUAUAAUAGGAUUAAAUUAUAUAUUAGUAACAAUAAAUUUAUUAAAUAUAAUAGAUAGAUUAAUCAUAAUAAUAAAUAUUUUAAUUAUAAUAAAUAGAUUAAUCAUAAUAAUAAAUAGAUUAAUCUUUAUAUAUUGGUAAAUAAUAAGAUGAAACAAAUAAAUAAAGUAAAUAGGGUAAUAAAAAAUAACAAAAAGAAAUCAACUAUUUAUAAGAUACUAGAAAAUUAUUAUAUAAUAUACCUCCUGUUUUUAAAUCUAUUUAUAGCAAUUGUGUUCAAUUUGAUGAAUGUUUUAUUGCCAAUUUAUUAAAAACAGUGCAAUUAAGUUUCCUUGAUCUCACAUUAGCAAUUAGUUUAUAAUUAACAAAUUAAUAAACAGGAGAUUAUUUAGUAGUGAAAAUAAAUAUAUUUUUAGCUUAUGCUAGUAUACUAUUAUUAUUGUUUCUAUUGAAUUUUUCAUAUUAGAUUUCGAUUACCCAUAAGAAAAAGUUAGAGAAUAAACACUUUAAUGAUAGGUACAGUUGUUUUUAUGAGGAACUGAAGAGUGAUGAAAGGAUGGCUAUGAGUUAUUCAUUCAUAAAUUUAGUGAGAAAAGCAAUAUUUAUAAUUUCGAGUGUAGUAUUUUAUUAGGCUCCGAUUUAUUAAACAUCAAUAUGUUUUUUAUCUUGUGCAUUAAAUAUAUUGUUAUUAUUACAAUAGAAUCCAUUUGUGAGUAAAUAAUAAUAUAUAUUAAAUCUGAUACCAGACUUAGGAGUUUUGAUAGUAGUAGGAGUAAGCAUAGUGUUAGCAUUUUAGGAUAGUUUUAUUUUAUUUGAUGAUUAAGUGAUAUACAGUUUAGGAUGGGUAAUUGGAGGAUGUAUAUAUAUAUCAAUUGGAUUGUAACUAUUGUUUUUGAUAAAAGAAAUAUUGUUGAAGUUCUAUUUGAAAGUGAAAAAUGUAAUAGAGUAUUUUAGAAACAGAUGA